AGAUGCAAGAUGUGUCUCUGGCCAGCAGGAGGAAGGAAGAGGAAGUGAGAGCAGCGGCAGCCGGCGGCGGCAGCGGCCGGCGACCCGAGUGUAAGUGCGUGCGUUCGGGCAGCGGCAGCGGGCGAGGAUGGGCACGAGAUAGAGGCAGAGCCACCACCGUCCGCGGCUCUGAGAGGGGCAACAGAGCCUCGGGCACCGGUCUACGGCUCCUGCCCCGGCGCUCCGGCCUUUGGGAGCCGUCGUCGCCGUGUCCUGAGACCCCGGGCAGGUAUAGACACGUGUGACAGUCCACGCAGUAGGACCCCCAUUUCUACCGGUUUUGGACUUCCUCCUGUCACACAAUGCCGCCGCCUUCGGACAUCGUGAAGGUGGCCAUAGAAUGGCCUGGCGCCUACCCUAAACUCAUGGAGAUUGACCAGAAAAAACCACUGUCUGCCAUAAUAAAGGAAGUCUGCGAUGGGUGGUCUCUUGCCAACCAUGAAUAUUUUGCUCUGCAGCAUGCUGAUAGUUCAAACUUCUACAUCACAGAAAAGAAUCGCAAUGAAAUAAAAAAUGGCACUAUUCUCCGAUUAACCACGUCUCCAGCUCAAAAUGCUCAGCAGCUCCAUGAACGAAUACAGUCAUCAAGUAUGGAUGCCAAGUUGGAAGCCCUGAAGGACUUGGCCAGCCUCUCUCGGGAUGUUACCUUUGCUCAGGAGUUCAUAAACCUGGAUGGCAUCUCACUACUCACUCAGAUGGUGGAAAGUGGCACCGAACGAUACCAGAAGUUGCAGAAGAUUAUGAAACCCUGCUUUGGGGACAUGCUGUCCUUCACUCUCACAGCCUUUGUGGAGUUGAUGGACCAUGGUAUCGUGUCGUGGGAUACGUUCUCAGUGGCAUUCAUUAAGAAGAUUGCAAGCUUUGUGAACAAGUCUGCCAUAGACAUCUCAAUCCUGCAGCGGUCCUUGGCCAUUUUGGAGUCAAUGGUUCUCAACAGUCAUGACCUAUACCAAAAGGUAGCCCAGGAGAUCACCAUUGGCCAACUCAUUCCUCAUCUUCAGGGGACAGACCAAGAAAUCCAGACUUACACCAUUGCUGUAAUCAAUGCACUUUUCCUGAAAGCUCCUGAUGAGAGGAGACAGGAGAUGGCUAAUAUUUUGGCUCAGAAGCAGCUCCGCUACAUCAUUUUAACACAUGUCAUCCGAGCACAGCGGGCCAUCAACAACGAGAUGGCACACCAGUUAUAUGUUCUCCAAGUGCUGACCUUUAACCUUCUGGAAGACAGGAUGAUGACCAAGAUGGAUCCCCAGGACCAGGCUCAAAGGGACAUCAUAUUUGAACUUCGAAGAAUUGCUUUUGAUGCAGAGUCAGAACCUAAUAACAGCAGCGGCAGCAUGGAGAAACGCAAGUCCAUGUACACUCGGGAUUAUAAAAAACUUGGCUUCAUUAAUCAUGUCAAUCCUGCCAUGGACUUCACGCAGACCCCUCCUGGGAUGCUAGCUCUGGACAACAUGCUGUAUUUCGCUAAACACCACCAGGAUGCAUACAUCCGGAUCGUGCUUGAGAACAGCAGCCGAGAAGAUAAGCACGAGUGUCCCUUCGGCCGCAGCAGUAUAGAACUGACCAAGAUGCUGUGUGAGAUCUUGAAAGUGGGGGAGCUGCCUAGUGAGACCUGCAACGACUUUCACCCGAUGUUCUUCACCCAUGACAGAUCUUUUGAGGAGUUCUUCUGCAUUUGUAUCCAGCUUCUGAACAAAACAUGGAAGGAAAUGAGAGCAACAUCUGAAGACUUCAACAAGGUAAUGCAGGUGGUGAAGGAGCAGGUUAUGAGAGCGCUUACAACCAAGCCUAGCUCCCUGGACCAGUUCAAGAGCAAGCUGCAAAACCUGAGCUACACUGAGAUCCUGAAAAUCCGCCAGUCUGAGAGGAUGAACCAGGAAGAUUUCCAGUCUCGCCCGAUUUUGGAACUAAAGGAGAAGAUCCAGCCAGAAAUCUUAGAGCUGAUUAAACAGCAGCGCCUGAACCGCCUUGUGGAAGGGACCUGCUUUAGGAAACUCAAUGCUCGUCGGAGACAAGACAAGUUUUGGUAUUGUCGGCUUUCACCAAAUCACAAGGUCUUACAUUAUGGAGACUUGGAAGAGAGCCCCCAAGGAGAAGUGCCCCAUGAUUCCCUGCAGGACAAAUUGCCGGUGGCAGAUAUCAAAGCAGUGGUGACGGGAAAGGACUGCCCUCAUAUGAAAGAGAAAGGUGCCCUUAAACAAAACAAGGAGGUGCUUGAACUUGCUUUCUCCAUCUUAUAUGACUCAAAUUGCCAACUGAAUUUUAUUGCUCCUGACAAGCAUGAGUACUGCAUCUGGACAGAUGGGCUGAAUGCACUGCUUGGGAAGGACAUGAUGAGUGACCUGACACGCAAUGAUUUGGACACCCUGCUGAGCAUGGAGAUCAAGCUUCGCCUGCUGGAUCUGGAAAACAUCCAGAUCCCGGACGCACCGCCUCCGAUCCCCAAGGAGCCUAGCAACUAUGACUUUGUCUAUGACUGUAACUGAACUGGCUGGGCCCGGACACAUUCCUCCCAAACUGGAAGAUCUAGCUAUCAGCAGAGAGGAGAGCAAACACAUCCACAUUUUGUGACUGCCCUUUGGUGGAGUAGAAGCUGCAGGUCAACCCUUCCUUUGGCCUGAUUUUUAGCCCUAGCCCCUCCCCCUUUUUCUGGCAUCUCACCAUUUCCUUGAAUCUAUUUCCUGACUCAGUGUUUUAGAUCCUUUCCCAUUGCUACAGCUCACCAAUGGGUCAUGAGCAAAAGUCACCCCUAGCAAGAAAGUCAAAGAGUCCUCUCAUUGUAACCGGCUACAGGCAUAUCCCUCCUUCCUUCACUCUUGCCUGGAGUAGGAAAGCCAGUUAGCCCCAAGCUUCCCCAUAUUUGCUCACCAAACCAAAAUAAAUGCCUAAGGUCAGGGUUGGAUAUAAUAGCUCUGCUACUGGAUAAGAAGACCAAAGGCUUCCUACCCCUUCUCUCUAGGGUCACCUCAUAUCAUCAGCUCUAUGUGAGUUGAGAUCGCUUUGACAUUCUCUCCCUUCCCUGCCUUAGCCUUGCUCUGGUCCACCUUGGUCUCACAUGUAGCAGCAGCAGCCACAUUGUAGUUCUCUACAGCAUCAGGUCUCCCAAACAGUCCAGAGUCCAUGCCUGUUUCCUGUCUGCACUGUGAUCAUGACCAACCUCUCUAUCACACUGUCUAGUCUUGGGCUUCCUCUCCUUGCCCCAGCCAGACCUGCCUUCUUUAUUUUUUCAAGCUCCCAGCCCUUAGCAGAAAGCACAAAUGAAGUCCGUAGUCCUGCUCCAUCUCUGAUAGACUAAACCUAAGCCUUGAAGGUGGCUGUCGCUAUCCAACAGUUCUGUGUCACCUCCCUGGGGCUCCUACAACCCAGGUUCUCCAGGGUGGUCAAGCUGUCAGACAUCCAAGUUUACAUCGUUGUAAUUAUUAUAGGUCUUUAAAUUUUACAAGGGUUUGGGGUUAUUUUGUUUUGUUUUGUUGUUUUGGCUUUGUUUUUGUACAAAAGAGUCUAACAUUUUUUGCCAAACAGAUAUAUAUUUAAUGAAAAGAAGAGACAUAAAUGUGUGUACUUUCCAGCUUUUUUUUUAAUUAUUUUAAUCCCAAACAUCUUCCUGAGAAUAACAUUCCCUUAAACAUGCUGUGGAAUAAAAUUAAAUGUGAUGAGUUGGGGC